AUGGAUCCUAACUACCGCACUGGAUAUAGAAGUCAGGGUCCAUGGCAGCACAGAGUCUGCGAAGUUCCCACGCGGUCCCAGGCUCUCUUCGCCACCUGUUUUUUCAACACCUACCUGUCUGUCUCCAGACUUUACAGGUGUACUAUUCCCGACAUGAUCGCCAAUAUCAGUUGGCUCUUCGCUCUGAUGGUGCUACUUUGCAGUACUAUCCCGUCUACUGAUGCCAGGCUCUUUGGUCACGUCAAAGUUUCUUCGGUCUCCACGAUCACUGAUCUCGUUUCAGCUACUACUGCUCCGGUUUCUUCUCCCCUGGUGUCUUCUUCUGCUUUUGUCAGCCCUUCUUUCGACUUCGAGCAAGCUGAGGUGGCCCAUUGGUGCUCUUGGCGACACGGUGAGCACUACAAGGGAUAUGCCAUGCACUGCGGCGUCGACUACUUCCAAGGAGGUGAUCUCUUUGAUCAGCGGGCCAACAAUAUCGACGAUUGUAUUGCCAUGUGCAGCAAUACUCCUGGCUGCAAUACUGUCUCCUACCAAGCUGAAAUCGAUGACGGUCUCCACGGAAAGUGCUGGUUGAAAAGCAAGCCUGGCUUUCGCCGAUAUGACAAAACAAUCUUGGGAAUGGUAAAACUUACCGUUCCUGUGUCGCCUGAUUCGUCUUCUGUUUUUAGUGGAGUCUCAUCAACUUCAUCUACAGUUGCACCUUCGGUCAGGGCCACGUUGGCAAGCAUGUCGCCCAAGAGUGGGUCAUUCACCAAUACUCCCACGCCGAUCCCUAUAUCGUCUUUGAAGGCCUCUCCCGCAUCACCAACGAUCUCUUCCUCUCCGUCUACAGCCAGGUCAUCAUCAGUUACUGUGCAGGGCAAGCCUACGCCUACUGCUACUCAGGGUGGAUCAGGUGACCAUACCUCGGUUAGUCUACCGCUCUGGUUCAGCGAAGCCAAUCCAUGCUGGCAUACUGAUUGCUCUGUUCUGGUCACUACCUAUGUAGGGCCAUCGUAUCCUCUGACGUCGAUCAUCUCCUCAAGUAAACGGAUCUUUUUCACGAGGUCUGUUGUUACUACCAAGGUUUUGACUAGCAAGCCAGUCACGAAGAACAAGGUGUCUACAUCUUUGGAAUACUUGCAGCUAUCCAGGACAAAACAUCCUGGCUAUUAUAGGCCGGAGAAAACGUCACCUGGAUAUGCUCGGCCCUCGUCUGGUCAAAUGAGGCACAGUGCUCACCAUAUAUCCAGCUCUAGUAAGGCCUUUCCGUCUUCGACUCGGAAGGUUCCCGCUCGGCCGACUUCAUACUCUUGUACUAUCUUGUCCGGCAAGAUUACUUGCACGGGAAAGAACGAUGCUGUAUCUACAAGAACCAGUUUCGCGACGAUUGCAUUGGUUCCCGGAGCAAGUACAACUACGGUGUACAUUCCUGUUGUUACCUGUCCUCCAUCGACUUCGGCCGGUAGUUCUACCUCAAGGACGUAUACUGAGCCUAGGCCUGUCACUAGUCAGACUACUGUGACUGGUAAGCCUUCAGGGACGAGCAAGUUUUCAGUAUCAAGCUCUGCUAGAACCUACCCCAUUCCUGUUUAUCCGCCUACGACUUCUAAGGAAUAUGGCACUACCGUGUCAUCUCAAGGGUCUGGCUACUCCUCCUCUGUUUCCGCUUUGGUAUCAACUAGAAGGUCGUCUCACGUGACAACCUCGACGGCACGUGUACCUGAGGUAUCGUCGUCCUUGUCCAAAGGUGGAGCUCAUCCAUCUAGCAGCACCAGCCUAUCACAGAUGUCAAGCAGCCUCGCGACGCCCACAAAGUCAGGUCCCGUCACGAAGUCAGUGAAUGUGUCGUGGUCCUGGACAUCGACGCCAGAGUCUUCGAGCGGACGCUCGGCAGGUCAACAAUCGGUCCCCAGUCCGUCCCUUGGGAUGGCUGUUGUACUCGCUUUCUCACUCGCCUUGCUGUUUUUUGCUUGGUGA